AUGAUAUCCGUGAUUCUCCUGAUUGUGGGGAUAGCAGUGCUGAUGAUAAUCCAUAUCUGCGUCGUGGGCCGGGCCUUCAGGGGUAAUACGAGGGGGGACGAGGAAACGAGCCAGUCCGAGAGAAUCCCGGGCCUGAAGCCCGACGACUUGGAGAGCCUGCCCUGUUUGGAUUAUGGCGGGCCCGGGAUAGGGAGCUCUUUGGACUGCGCAGUGUGUUUGGAGAGCUUUAAGGCAGGUGAAAAAUGCAGGGUUUUGCCCACGUGCGGGCACAUUUUCCACGUGGGUUGCAUAGAUUCUUGGCUAUUGAAGACAGGGGCUUGUCCGAUUUGCAGGACGAGUGCCAAGUCGGAUGAGUUGGAGGUGAGUCGUGGGAGCGUGUCAGGUGAGUCUGGGUUGGAGAUGGUGUAA